AUGGAUGUGAAUACCACUCUGGCUACCAUAUACCCGCGGGAAGCGACGAUUUUGGCUGCGGCAUGUGCAUGCAUAUUUAGCAUGGUUGGAGUUAUAGGUAAUCUAAUAACGACAGUGGCUCUUCUUAUGCAUCCAAAGCUUCGCGGUCACGUGACUACCAUGUUUGUGCUGUCACUCUGCGUCUCGGAUCUUCUCUUCUGCAGCAUCAAUUUGCCACUUACAGCAAGCAGGUAUAUAAACGAAGAGUGGGUACUCGGCCCCCGUCUCUGUCAAAUGUUCGCGUUCGUCUUUUACGCUAACGAGGCUGUGUCUCUACUGUCUAUGGUGGCUAUUACAAUUAACAGGUACACCCUUAUAGCGUACUACGAUAUGUACUCGCAGAUCUACACCACGACCAAAAUCUGGAUCCAGCUGUUGCUCAUAUGGCUCGUCUCUUUCGGUCUGAUGGUGCCUCCCCUCCUUGGCGUUUGGGGUCAACUAGGAUUGGAUCAUAACACUUUCUCCUGUACCAUACUCCCCAAAGAUGGUCGCAGUCCCAAGAAGUACCUCUUCGUUUUGGCCUUCGCCUUGCCGUGUGUUGUCAUCAUCGUGUCCUACUCCUGCAUUUACUGGCGAGUCAGGGAAAGCAAACGAAAGCUGGAAGGACGCAGGUGUGUAUGUGGCAAACUCAGCGGACAAACAGCGAGAGAAAAGGAAGAAGACUCGCGCUUAACAACACUGAUGCUCACAAUUUUCUUAUGUUUCCUUGCUUGCUUCCUACCGCUGAUGAUCAUGAAUGUAGCUGACGAUGGCAUCCGGUACCCGUGGCUCCACAUCAUAGCGUCCAUCCUCGCGUGGGCAUCUAGCGUCAUCAACCCCUUAAUAUAUGCAGCGACCAAUAGACAAUAUAGAGCAGCGUACGGAAACCUCUUGAAGAUAUGCAAGAACAGCCCCGUCGCGAAGAGAACAACAUGGGGCAGCAGAACAGUCGGUCACUCCUCAAAUUCGCCCAACUACGUGGAGAAACGCAAUGCCAAAGAAAAACCAACGAAAUUAUAA